CUGCUGAACGAAGAGCAUAUGAUCAUGCUCGAACAUUUGAUACUUACGUAUGUUUGAUUUUUACGUUUACUAAUAAUGAAGCCAGACGUCGACUUCAACAUCAACAACAGCGAAAUCAAUUGGAAGAACGUGAAGUACGAAAUGAAUUAUCAUCAGAUGUUUCAGAAAAUGCAUAG